AUGUAUAAAGUAACCUCCAUUGAAGAAAUGAGAAACGUGGAGGAACUGGAUCUUGAUGAACUGAUUGGAUCCUUGCAGAAUAAUGAAAUGUCAUUAACAAGGUGGAAGAAAGAAAAAAAGAAGAUGGAUGUGAACAAAGAAAAAGGGGACAACAAUAUUGCGUUCAUUCACAAAGAAGAAAAUAAGUCUAUCCCAGAUUUGUCUGCUGGUUUCUCAGAUGAAGCUCUAGAUUUGCUGACCAAGAACUAUGCAAAAUUCUUGAAAAAGAAGUAUAAGAAACUGUGUUCUGAAGGUAAGGAAAAUGCUUCCAAAAGAAAUCCUCUUGGGAACUUCUGGCAUGGUCAGCAACCCAGUGAUAAUAAGAGCAUGGGCAUUCAGUGUAGAGAAUGUGAUGGGUUCGGACACAUUCAGGCCGAGUGUGCUAACACUCUCAAAAAGAAGAAAGCCCUUGUUGCCACCUGGAGCGAUAGUGACGAAGAAAAAGACUCUAUUGCAAGCAAAAGUUCUAAUGAGGAUAGACAGGUAGUGGCUUUCAUGGCUCAAAGUCAUCAGUCUGUUCAAUCUAAGGAUGAUGGAGUCUCCACUGUGUCUGAAGUCGACAGUAAUGGAAGACAAAAUGCAUAUGAAGAGAUGUUUGCUCAAUGGGAAUAUAUGACCAAGCAGAUUAGAGGUCUGAAUAGUGCCAAGGAGCAGAUAGAGUCUGAAAAAGUCAAGCUGGAGGACACUGUUAAGAAUCUCAACAAACUUCUUGAUGAGAAUGACAAUGAGAUCUACAAGCUUUCAGCUGAACUCAUAAGAGCUAAAAAGGCUUUAGAGUUUAUCCCUCCAGGAACGGCUGCCAUCAAUCAAACUCUUCAACUUCAAAAACCUUAUUGUGAUCCAACCUCUAUCGGAUACAAGAUGUUGUAUAAGCAAGGAGAUAACUUGGGGGUAGAAGAGUCCAUUACACCAGUGAUCAACCUAGACAAAAAGGAUGACAAGCAAUCAUCAUUUCCCUCGACACCUCAGUCCUCAGACCCCACUGGAAAAUUCCAUGUUCCAUCUGGACCUACCAAGGUGAAGUUAGAAGGAAGAAGAAUUGCCCCAGAGAAUAUAUCUCAGAUGGAGAGAUUCAUCCCACUGUGUCACUUCUGUAACAAGAGGGGUCAUAUUUGA